AUGGCAUCUCAAAGUGGUAGUGGGACUGGAAGUAAUAGUGGGAGCGAGUCAAUUUCAACGUCCCAAAAUGAGAAUUUAUCUCCAUUAUGGAAUUACGUGAGAAAGAUAGAAAAGCGAGGGACUGUUGGAGGAACUUGGAAUUUUCGAUACAACAUUUGUGGCGAAACUCGUAAUGGAAGCUAUACUAGGAUAAAGGAACAUUUGCUUCAAAUUUCAGGUGAAGGAGUUGCAAUUUGCAAAAAGGUAACUAGAAAUCAAAAACUUGAAAUGGUAAGGUUGGUAGAAGAGUGGGAGAAUAGAAAGAAACAAGAAGUAACUAGAGAAGUUUCUUUGCCCUCUCAAUCUUCAGCUGGAAUUGAGAUUGAUUCUUCUUCUAAGAAGAGAAAACCUAGCUUGUCACCUCUUGCUAGAGCAUUCGACAUGAAUACGAGAGCCCAAUUAGAUGAAGAAAUUGCAAGAAUGUUCUACACCGGUGGUUUGCCCUUUAAUCUUGCUAGAAAUCCUCAUUAUCAUAGGGCUUUCACUUUUGCUACAACUCACAAUAUUCCUGGUUAUGUUCCCCCUGGUUAUAAUAAAUUGCAAACCACUUUGCUCCAACAAGAAAAAAAUAAUGUUGAGAAGCUCUUGCAACCGAUUAAAGCAACAUGGCAAGAAAAAGGGUUAACUAUUGUGUGUGAUGGUUGGAGUGAUCCAACAAGAAAGCCUCUCAUUAAUUUCAUGGAUACUUCUGGAAAUGGGCCUAUGUUUCUUAAAGCUGUGAAUUGUUUUGGUGAAGUUAAAGAUAAGUUUUUCAUUGCUAAUUUGAUGAAAGAAGUGAUUGAUGAGGUUGGUCAUCAAAAUGUGGUGCAGAUUAUUACUGACAAUGCAGCUAAUUGCAAGGGGGCAGGAGAGAUUAUUGAGAGCAUGUAUCCUCAUAUUUAUUGGACACCAUGUGUUGUCCAUACACUUAAUCUUGCCUUGAAGAAUAUUUGUUCAGAAAAAAAUGUCGAUGGAAAUGAGGAAACAUAUGACUUGUGCCAUUGGAUUACUGAUAUUCAUGGGGAUGCCGUACAAAUCAAGAAUUUCAUCAUGAACCACAACAUGAGAUUGGUAAUCUUUCAAAGAUUUAGUCCUCUUAGGUUACUUUCAGUUGUCGAUACUCGUUUUGCUUCGAUCAUUGUGAUGCUUAAGAGGUUUAAGCUCAUCAAACAGGGACUUCAAGCAAUGGUCAUUAGUGAUGAAUGGAAUUCUUAUAGGGAGGAUGAUAUGGUGAAAGCAAACUUUGUGAAAGAAAAGCUUGUGAGUGAUGAUUGGUGGGAUAAAGUAGCUUACAUCCUUGAUUUUACAAAGCCCAUCUAUGACAUGCUUAGAGUAUGUGACACUGAUAAGCCAUGUCUUCACUUGGUAUAUGAGUUGUGGGAUUCCAUGAUUGAGAAAGUAAAGUCUCGUUGGACAAAGAGUUAUACUCCUCUUCAUUGCCUAGCUCAUUCACUAAAUCCAAGGUUUUAUAGUGAUGGUUGGCUAAGUGAGGAUCCUUGUAGAGUUGCUCCUCAUAGAGAUGGUGAAAUAUCUCGAGAGAGAAUGAAAUGUUUUCGUAGGUUAUUUCCAAAUGAUGAUGAUUAUGACAAAGUCUUGGAUGAAUUUGCUUGUUUCUCACUUAAGCUCGGGCCUUUUGAAGAUUUGAUGUCUCUUACAAGAGGUAUUUCGGAUCUGAAAAGUUGGUGGGCUAACUUUGGUGCCGAAAUUCCAUUGCUUCAAUCUUUGGCUUUCAAAGUGCUUGGACAACCUACUUCAUCCUCUUGUUGUGAAAGAAAUUGGAGCACUUAUUCUUUUAUUCACUCACUUAGGAGGAAUAAGUUAAAUCCGAGUCGUGCCGAAGAUUUAGUUUACAUCCACUACAAUCUUCGUCUUUUAUCAAGGAGUUCUAGUCAAUAUGAGGAUGAAAAACCAGAUGUGGAUGUUUGUGGAGAUGCUUUUGAUUCAUUGGGAGAUGUUGGAUAUUUAGAGUUUGCCGAACUCUCGCUCGAUGAGUCGGAUUUAGAGAGUCAAUUAAUCUCAGAAGAUGUUAACAAUGUUUGA